ACAACAACAAAAACAACAAAUUUGCUAUCAACCAUUCCAAGAUUUCUGAGUUAAUCACUAUGAGAUGAAUGGAAUAAAAUCUUAUAUGAAUUGAAUCUUUGAAUGGAACAUAAUAAACGACUUAUUUACUAUCUAAACUAUUAUUAGUAGUAGUAGUACAUUGUAUACAAAUUACAUUAUAUACAACAUAGUCUUACAUGUUACUAUUGUUAUUAUUCAUGGACUAUGAAUGGAUUUCAUGUUAAUAAACUUUUAAAUUCAUAAACAAAACAAACGGAUUAAUGAUCUAUUGGAAUUCAUGAUUCUUUAUACAAGGUAAACUAAUAAUGUUUAAUUUAUUUAACAUUUUUUAAUGAAACUAAUUCAAUGUUGGUUCAGUAGUUUAAAGGUUAAGUGUUCGCGCAUAGGAUCGAAAGUCCUGAAUUUAGAUCCUGCGAAUGAGAUUGUAGAUGCGUACUGAUGUGAAUUCUCAUACUAGGACAAUAUAACCAUCCAGUGCUAACAGAUUUUCAUGGUGGUCAUGAAUUUAAUUAUAAAAUUAAUUAUCAUUCAAUUGUUUUAUUUAUUAGUGAUUUAAAGAUGUUAGUUGUGGAAAUUACUUGGUCUUGAAUGUGAAUCAAGAUACAAAUGUUUGCAUUGACUGCAAUCAGCUCAUAUUAAAAGUCAUUAUUCGCGUUACAUACGGUUACAUAUUAGUACAAAAAAUAUAAGUAAAAAUUUUGAAAUCAUUAUUUGAAUUAGUAUUCUCCUGGUCCUCAUUUACAUUGAAGAUGGUUUACUUUAAAGUAUAACACAAGCAAUUAUUUGAAGAUUCUAUCCAAGACAAAUGAUCGUUCACCAUCUUUUGGUUUUCAAUUUUUCCCUAGCUAAUAUCCCAUUAAUAAAUAAACCCUAUUCAAAUGAUACUAUUAUUAACCUUCAAAGAGAUGAUUAACCUUUGUAAACUAAUGUUUCUUAUUGAAUGCAAUAUAUAUCUAACAAUAUAGUAACUAUUCCUCCUGUAGUAGUAAUAAUAACUUCGACAAUAUCAAUUUCAACUUCAUACUUCUUAAUACGAAGAUCGUGUAAUGAAGGAAACUGUUUAUACUAAAAAAUAGAUAAUCAAUAUAAAAUGCAAUUGAUGCCAAAACAUAAAACUUAGCUGUUCACUUAUUGUCAAGAUAUAAAUUACUUGACGUUGAGCUUCUUUUACAAAACACAAAGAUAUUAGAUUGUUUUAACUCAAUUAUAUAAAUGUAACUAAUUAUAUAAAGUUUAACUAAUUACAAUAGUUUUGUAAUUAAGAAGCAGUGAUCAGUGGAGUUCAGUCGUGUCUGUUGUGAGAUAGUAACUCACUGAUGACAAUGGUGGAUGUGUCUCUCAAUUUCGUGGAUUAAUUGAAAUUAAACAUUAACAUCAUUAGAUGCAGGCCGAUUCAGUGGUCUGGCGGUUAAGCGUUCGCUCGUGAGAUCGAUAGAUCCUGGGUUCGAAUCUCGCGGGUGGAAUCAUGGAUGUGCACUUCUGAGGGGUCACACAAUAAGACGAAAGGUCCGUCCAGUGCUUCCAGGUUUAAAUAGUGGUGUAGUUUCAAUUCACUCAUGAUCUCAACUAUUAAAACUGCAAAUUAAUAAAUCUUGUAGCCUACUUAUUAUGCAUCACCAGUAAAGUAGUGAAAUCUUCUGAAUAUCUUGUCCAUGUAUACAAACACAAAGUCUGAGGUUUAAUUUAUUUCACUAUGAACUUGUAAAACGUUAACUUACAAACAACUGUAAUAAUUUUUAAAAUUGUAAAUAACUUAAUAUAUUUGUAGGUAUUUCAAUGAGUAGAGAAAUUCGAUUUUCUGACGUUUCGUAACUCAGUUUAAGCCACUUCUUCAGAGAUUAAAUAACCAACUCGAAUUAAUUUUGAUUUGGUUUUUUUACAUAUUCUCUGAGGAAGUGACUUACACUGAGUGAUGAAACAUCAGAAAAUUUAUUGUUUCUACUCAUUGGAAUAUCUACAAAUCUUCUAUUCUUAUUUAUAACAAUCUACUCAAAACACAAAUAAUUCGAAAUUAUCAAGUCAAACCUUCAUCAUGAUACUUAUUUAAAGGUCAAUUCAUUAAACAAGUUCCAAUUGAUAGGACUAGUAAAUGUUUACUGAAAAUAUAAGAAAAUGAUCAAUAUUUCACAUUUGUGAAUGAACGUGAUUUCAUCAGUAGCUUUCCUUCAUUUUUUUCUUAGAUCACGUAGUGUUGUUGUAAAACACUUGCUUAUUCCGAUCUAUUGUGUAUUUCAUUUAUAAAAUGAUACACAUUGAAAUUAGUUCUGAUAAAAUUCAAUCAUAAACGACUAAUGAACCUUUGAAAUACUUCGAAAUUACGAUAGAAAUUCAAAUUUAAAAUCUAUGGAACCACCAAUAUGUAUAUGUAUAUAUUCUCUUCAGUAACUGCAUUUUGUCUUUCGAUUGAUUUAAUAGUCGAACUCAUGAGUCAAUUAAAGCUAGAUCAUCAUGGAAAUCUUCAAAGCACUGGACGGCCUUUACGUCCUAUUGUGGGAUUCCUCAGCAGUGCACAGCCACAACCCCGCAUUGAGGAAUUCGAACUCAGGACAUAUCAGUCUCGCUCGUGAACGCUUGACCAUUAAACCGCUAGAGCUGGCCGUCAUCCAACAUUGUUAAGGUCUAAUGUCAACUAAUCCACGAAAUUGCGCCACUGUCUACCAUUGUCUUCAGUGAGUUACUAUCUCAUAACAGACCAUGUUGAACUCCAAUGGUCACUACUUCUCACAUACAUUUUUAGUGUUAUGCUUGAUACGUUCAGCAAAUUAUUGAGACAAUAUAUAAAUUUUGAAAGUUCAUCCCACCAAGAACUGGUAUUGUGGUGUACCCUACUGAUGUCGAAAGAUAUAAUGUAGUAUGUAUCAAUAAUUGAAAAUGAAAUACCUGGUUUCAGAAGGUUAAGAAAAUAUAACAAACAGAAUCCGAACAGAGAAUGAUUGGUGUGGAAAUCAAGGAACAAUCAAGUCUGAGAUGAUUGAUUGACAUUUUGCAAGUGAAUUAUUUAUUGUAUGAUUCUCAGAUUUCACUGAGUGAUUCUGUAAUUUUGCAUUCACAUACAUUUGGUUGUCCUCACUAGUUUUCUCGCUCACAACAGCAUCUGUUAUAGAACUACUAAAACAAUGAAUCACUAAGUAACUAAAUGCUUUUUUACAAGCAUAAUACUGACCUGAGGAUCAAAUACAAAGAUAAACAUGAAUAGUACUACAAAUCAAUGCAUAAUUUUAAAACUGAAUGAAUUACACUUUUAUUACAUCACAUUACUUACUUGUAAGAUCCACUCUGUCAAGAUUAAGAAAACUUUAUAUAUAUACUCAAAUGAAUAUAUAAUGAACACAAACAUACUUAAUAUGGUGAUUAUUGUACAUUUAAAUUUACUAACUUUUAAAUCAAUAAACUUGGUGUAACUUUUACUAAAUGUAGUAACCCUGAAAAUAUGAUUUAGUCCCAAUCUUAAGUGUUACAAUUUUGCUUUGGUUUAAGCAAAUUAUCAUUUUUCACGCAUUCAUAUUAGAUAAAAUAAUCUUACUCACUUACUUACAUCUGUUACUCCGAAUGGAUCAUAGGCCGUCGACCAGCAUUCUCCAACCCACUUUGUCCUCCGCCUUCUUUUCUAGUUCCAUCCAACUCUUGUUCAUUUUUCUCAUGUGUAUUUCCCGGCGUAAUGUGUUCUUUGGUCUUCCUCUUUUCCUUUGGCACUAAGGAUUUUGAGUUAGUGCUUGUCUUGUGACGCAGUUGGGUGCUUUCCUCAAUGUGUGUCCUAUCCAUUUACAGCGCUUCUUCCUAAUUUCUUCCUCCGCUGGGAUCUGGUUUUUUCUCUCCUACAGUAGGUUGUUACUGAUAGAGUCUGGCCAACGAAUCCGAAGUAUUUUGCUUAGACAACUGUUAAUAACCUAAUUACCUUUAAAUGAUACAACAAAAUACUUCCCUGACAUAAAAUUAUUCAUUUACCUUAAAUUGUUUCAGUUUAUCUUUAUUUAAGUAAAGUAUCCUAACUAUUCAAGUAUUCAAUGUCAAUCAUUUGUGUACACACAUGGUGGACAGAUUUAAAAAAUCGUUCAAUGUUAAACGUUUCAAUAAAUGUAAUAGUAUCGUAUUGUAGAGACUAAUUCUUUACGUAUGUCGUACACAUACACAUAUAUCUUAGUUAUGUCAUUUGUUUUGUAUAUAUGAUUCGGUUUCUGGACAUUAUAUUUGUAAAACAAAAUGUAUUAUCUAUUCUUAUUUGUAUAUUGACUUUAUUCCAACUACCAACUUUCAUAAUCAAUUGCCUUAUUCUCUUUGAAUUCAUUCUUAAUUACCUACUCCUCUAUCAUAAAAGUAUAUAGUAAACACUUAUUAUUAUUAUUAAUGGUAAGAAUAAUAAUCUUAAUUUUCAUUUACAAUAACAGCUGUUGUAUAUUUAGAAGUACAUUCCUCAUUACCGCAAAAUUAAAACCCAAAUGCGUAUAUAUAUAUAUGUCCCAUUU